CAAGACCCGGCACCGAGGCGCUGACCCUAAACCCACGGAGAGACUCUCGAGGCCAAAGAAACCCUAGCGAUCCUCCUCGAGAGUCGAGACCCGAUCGAUCGACCCAACCGAGAGCGGCGGCCAGCAUCACAUGGAGUCGGCGAUGACGACGUGGACGGCCGUGGCGUCGUCGGUGGCGGACCAGGGGCGGAAGCUGGCGGCGGCCGCUGGGCCGGCGUGCUCGACCGCGGCGGAGACGGGGCGGCAGGCGUGCUCGUGCGCGGCGGAGGUGGGGCGCCAGGCGGGGACGGUGGCCUGGAAGCUGACGCGGAGCACGGGGAAGGCAGCGUGGAUCGCGGGGACGAGUUUCCUGGUGCUGGUGGCGCCGCUCAUGAUCCUGACGGACCGUGAGGCCGGGUUCAACGAGAUUGAGAACGCGCGGACAGAGUGCCAGACCCUCUUGGGCCUUCCUUCCUGGUAGUUUUCGACGCCCGACGCCGUCAUCGGCGGCAAAAAGUAGUGCUGCUAGCAGUGUUAGGGGUUUUCGAUCUAGCUAGAUUUUUUGCUUGUUUGAUUUACUUGUCCUGGGGUAGGCAAACUAGUAGCAGUAGUGGUGGUGGUUUUGGAUCGAGACAACUCAUGUGGAUUUUGCUCAACGAUUUGCUUCUCGGUUUGGAUCAAAUAUCGGCAUUGUGUGUUUCGAAAACAAGUAAGCAAUUGGUUCAGUUAUGCUUGUAAUCGUCAA